CUGUUUGUCUUUGACUGAUCGUUUACCAGUUGCCCAGCUCCCACCCCACGUCAUUCUCCCAGCAGUUCAUUCUCCACGAAGAUGUCCUCUGCAACGCCCGAAGAAAAACCCCCUUUACAGGUCGAGUCCACUGAGAUUGACGAAGAGGCAGAAGCCCUGGAAGGAUAUGUGACCGAUCCAAGCCGAUAUCCGAACCAGGCAUCGGGGUUAAAAACAAGCGCAGAUGGCCGACACGUUCUCAUCCCCCAGCCGCUUGACACGCCGGAUGACCCAUUGAACUGGAGCUCUGGCAAAAAAUGGCUCAUCAUUGGAAUUAUGGCAUAUAUUGCCUUUCUGGCCGAUUACACGGGAGGGACGGCGAUUAUUACAGUUAUUCCCCAGUCCAUGUGAGUAGCAUAUAUGUAAUUGGAAGACCGAUCUAAUCGAAUGGACUCGAUACAGGCAAUGGAAUCUCCCCCAAGAGCACGUCCAGCGAGCCGUCGUCGGAAACCUCUUCGCAAUCGGAGCGUGUGGACUGAUCGUGGUUAUGCUGGUCGGAUACUUUGGUCGAAUGCCAAUACUUCUCAUUUUUCAAGCUGUGAUGGUAGGAACAUGCGCCUGGUCGGCUGCGGCCACGUCCUUCGAAUCAUAUCUCGCCGCUCGUAUCAUAAACGGGCUGUUCUGCAGCGUUGGACAAGGCGCGGCUCUUCUUUGGGUGAAAGAUAUGUUUUUCUUCCAUGAGCAUCUCAAGGUGAUCAACUGUAUCGAGUUCUUCAUUAUCCUGAGUCCGUACUUGGGACCACUGCUCACGUCUUUCAUCGUCGCCGAUGUAUCCUGGCGAUGGGCGUUUUGGCUGUGUACGAUCAUGUCUGCCGUUGCUUUUCUUCUCGUCUUCCUCCUCGAUGAGACGCUUUUCGAACGCAAAGGUCAACAGGUACCUCGAGGAUCGUACUUCGCUCGUCUAACCGGUGCUCAGCAAGUCCAGCUCUGGCGACAGCGAAGCUUUCUCCAAUGCGUAAUGCGACCUAUCGUGGCCAUCACCAAGAUCCCUGUCUUGAUUGUUCUCAUCUUCUACUUCCUCAGCUUCGCAUGGGUGAUCGGAGUCAACACCACGAUCGGGAUCUGGUUAACCAACGACUACGGCUUCUCGACCCGCGGAAUAGGAUACUUCUACUUCUUCGGCAUCGUCGGAGUCAUCAUCGGCUGGCUCAUCGGCCACUACCUCCACGACGCAGUCGGCACAUUCUACACCCACCGACACCAAGGCCGGCUACACCCCGAAGCCCGACUCAUUAUCGUCUACCCAGCCACCGUUCUCUGCUGCGUUAGCCUCAUCAUCCUCGGCUUCGCAUUCGACCGCCACUGGCACUACAUGGUGAUCGCCGUGUUCGCAGCCCUCCAAUGCGGCAGUCUCAUGAUCAUCACGACGGCCGUGAACGCCUACCUACUUGACUGCUACCCCGAGGGGUCCGGGGAAGUCGGUGCGUGGGUCACGGCGAGUCGCAACUGGGGCGGUUUCAUGGCGACGUAUAUCCAGAUCGAAUGGGUGGAGGGGAUUGGGGCGGCCCGGGCGUUGGGGGUCCAGGCGGCGAUUACGUUUGGGUCGUUGGCGUUUAUCUUGCUGUUGCAGGUGUUUGGACAGAGGUUGAGGAGGUGGCAGGGGAGGAUGUAUUUUGGGAGGAGGGGUGGGAAGGCAUGAGUUGAACCAUUUUAUGUAGUGGUAGAUGG